AUGGAAGGAGUGGAUCUUGUUAGUCCACAGAGAUCCAGACUUCUCUCUGCUGACGCUGAUGGGAACGUCAAAUGUUGGAGCAUGAUGGACCACCUGGCCAACAGCUGGGAGAGCGAGGUGGGCAGUGAAGUGGAAGGAGAUCCAGUAGUGGCCCUUUCCUGGCUGCACAAUGGGGUGAAACUGGCUUUGCACGUGGAGAAGCUGAACUCCCUACUUCCUGUUCUGGGCCGCAAAGGAGUGACCAAUGGAACUUCAAAUCUAGGCCUGGCGCUUGCUUUCCACGAUGGCAGCGUCCACAUCAUCAACCGUCUCUCCUUGCAAACCAUGGCGGUGUUUUAUGGCUCCAGCUCGCAGCGCCCAGUGGAUGACCAGACCAUCAAACGGCAGAGAACGUCGGGCCCUCUGAUCUACUUCAAAGCGAUGCAGAUGUCUUGGACUUCGCUGGCCUUAGUUGGGGUCGAUAGCCACGGAAAGCUUAGCAUGUUCAGGAUCUCUCCCUCCAUGGGGCAUGUUUUGGAUAUGAAUAUUUCCCUCCGUCAUUUGCUUUUCCUGUUGGAGUACUGCAUGGUGACAGGAUAUGACUGGUGGGACAUCCUGCUUCACGUCCAGCCCGGCAUGGUGCAGAAUCUGGUGGAAAAGCUGCACGAGGAAUACAUGCGCCAGAAUGCUGCCCUGCAGCAGGUUCUGUCCACACGCAUCAUUGCCAUGAAAGCCUCACUUUGCAAGCUCUCCUCCAGUACGGUGGCACGUGUGUGUGACUACCACGCUAAGCUUUUCCUGAUCGCCAUCAGUUGCACCCUGAAGUCCCUGCUCCGCCCCCCUGUCCUCAACACGCCCGACAAGACCCCUGGAGACAGGCUCACUGAGAUCUGUGCCAAGAUCACCGAUAUAGAUAUUGACAAAGUGAUGAUUAAUUUGAAGACAGAAGAAUUUGUGCUGGAGAUGACCACCUUGCAAUCUCUCCAACAACUGAUCCAGUGGGUUGGGGACUUUGUGCUCUAUUUGCUUGCCAGUCUCCCCAACCAGGGCUCUGGACCUGCAUCAGGACCUGUUCGGCCAGGUCACAGUUUCCUCCGGGAUGGAGCCUCCCUGGGGAUGCUCCGCGAACUGAUGGUCAUGAUCCGGAUCUGGGGCCUCUUGAAGCCAAGCUGUCUUCCCAUUUAUAUAGCCACGUCUGACACCCAGGACAGCAUGUCCCUCCUUUUCCGGCUUCUUACCAAAUUGUGGCUGUGCUGUCGUGACGAAGGGCACCCCAGCGAGCCGGACGAUACCUUGAUCGAUGAAUGCUGUCUCCUACCCAGCCAGCUCCUCAUCCCAAACAUGGAUUGGCUUCCGGUGAACGAUGCCAUCAUCAGCAAGCUGCAGAACAAGCAGCCGGUCCGGCUGCAGUUUGGAAAGACUCCCGGGAUCAGAGAUGAUCCAAAGUUUAUACGGGAAACCUUGUCAAAAAAAAAUAUGAAAACAUUUUUGCUCCAUACCUUUUGGAGAAGUUUCUCAGCUGGGUGCCAUAUUGUCCCCCUGUUUAGGUGCGGCUGUGUUACAAUGCUCCGUUCCCCCAAUAAGACCACGGCUGUGAAGCAAUGGGAGCAGCGAUGGAUCAAGAAUUGCCUUUGCGGUGGUCUUUGGAGAAGAAUGCCCCUCAGCUACUCAUGAUGGACGCCAGGACUCUUUGUCUUAACCAGAUGGGAUUUCCGAGGAGUUUUGCAGUUUACUCCAGAAACUCCAUUAAAAAAAAAAUGUCCUGGAGGUGAACAAAAUCCCCAACAUAAGAUAUGACAGAAAGAGUUGCGGGUGAUUUUAUCCACCCCUUGGAGGAGAAGACUUUCCUAGGCCGAAGCACCAAGAGAAAUCAAUGGAAGGCGCUGGAAGAGUUUGAAUUGAUUGGCACUUCUGGUAGCCAAAGGAAUUUAGCCAGUGCCAAAGUUGCAUUGAUAUCCCUAAAUUGCACCAUCGUUUCUUCUCUUUAUUAGCUUUUUAAUAUUAUUGAGAUUUUAGCUCAACAUUCAGGAAGGGUUAAAAUGCUACAUUAAAAAUGAAGCAUUUUUUUUUAGCAUUGUUCGAGUUGCAGAAAAGUAGACAAUUGUAGGAAAGCGAAGAGCUUUCCUUGGUGUGGGAAUUUGCUUCGUGCAGAGAAUUGUGGGAGAGGGUUGGGGAAAACAUUUUUACUAUAACAUUCUUCCUUAUUUUUCCACAUGCCCCUGCCACCAAAUUCCCUGUUAUCUAGAAACUAACCUAUUGGAAAACUGAGGUCAAACCUAUUCCAUCCUUCUCUACUUCUGCCUGUUGUCUGAAAUAAUCCAGUCUGAAAUCCUUCCAUUUCAGGAAGAUUUGGUUCUUCUCUCAGCAUACAGCUGAUAUGUCUACUUUUAAACUUCUAGCUCUACAUUUUUCAGAGACCAUUCUUUUGAAAAGGAUGUGGUGAUACAAGGAUGUGAAAACCGUCCUUUUUAAAAAAUUUCCUGGGAUUCCAGACUCCACAGAUCCCUCGGUGCAAGUGUGUGUGUGUGUGUGUGUGUGUGUCUGCCUCCUACAAAGGAGUUGCAAAUUUUUUUGCAAUUUUUUUAAUCCCUCAUGGAUGAGCGGUGGCUUUCUUUGUGCCCAAUAAUUCUGUGUUUUCUCAGAAAAUGGAGACAGCGAAGACGUUAAAGAUAUUCAUGGAUAAGCGAUGGUUUUAUAAAUAUUUUAACGGGAUCAGAGUUUGUACAGAUUGUAAUUCUAGAGUUUUGUAUGCUUUGUAAAUGGAGGACUUCUUUUAUUCUUUGUUUUGCCUCGUGAUGUACUUCCCUGCCUCUCUGAACUUUUAAAGCAAAAAACAAACAAACCCCAAACCCUUACAAGGAACUCCCUCCCUCUCAAAUACAGCUUGGGACAGUUUUUAAAUUCCUUCUGUUUUGAAGUUUGCUUUGCCAUUUUAUUUGCAGGAAACAAUGAUGGGAAGAAAUGGUGGAGGAGA